AGGCGCUGAGGGGAGAGGCGCCGCAGCUAGCACCACCGUGGGGACCCGUUAGAGCGGAAGCGCCGCCGCCGCCGCCGCCUUCGCUGUCCCGGGCCACCAGGUUCCUGGCAGGUGGGAGGCGGGAGCCAUGUCGAAACGGCUCCGGAGCAGCGAGGUGUGCGCUGACUGCAGCGGGCCGGAUCCUUCCUGGGCAUCAGUAAAUAGGGGAACUUUUAUAUGUGACGAGUGCUGCAGUGUCCAUCGGAGUCUAGGGCGCCAUAUCUCUCAAGUAAGGCAUCUUAAACACACACCAUGGCCUCCAACAUUGCUUCAGAUGGUUGAAACCUUGUAUAAUAAUGGUGCUAAUUCUAUAUGGGAGCAUUCUUUGCUGGACCCUGCCUCUCUUAUCAGUGGAAGACGCAAAGCUAAUCCACAGGAUAAAGUACAUCCUAAUAAAGCAGAAUUCAUCAGAGCAAAGUAUCAGAUGUUAGCAUUUGUCCACCGCUUGCCCUGCCGGGAUGACGAUAGUGUGACUGCCAAAGAUCUUAGUAAGCAACUCCAUUCAAGCGUGAGAACAGGGAAUCUUGAAACCUGUUUGAGGCUAUUAUCUUUAGGAGCACAAGCCAACUUUUUUCACCCUGAGAAAGGAAACACCCCACUCCAUGUUGCCUCCAAAGCAGGGCAGAUUUUACAGGCGGAAUUAUUGGCGGUAUAUGGUGCAGACCCAGGCACACAAGAUGCGAGUGGGAAAACUCCUGUUGAUUAUGCAAGGCAAGGAGGGCACCAUGAGCUGGCAGAACGCCUCGUAGAAAUACAGUAUGAGCUGACUGACAGACUAGCCUUCUAUCUGUGUGGCAGGAAACCAGAUCACAAAAAUGGACAGCACUUUAUAAUACCUCAAAUGGCAGACAGCAGCCUGGAUUUGUCUGAAUUGGCAAAAGCUGCUAAGAAGAAACUUCAGUCUCUAAGUAAUCAUUUGUUUGAAGAACUUGCCAUGGAUGUGUACGAUGAAGUUGACAGGCGAGAGACUGAUGCAGUCUGGCUUGCCACGCAAAAUCACAGCACCCUGGUGACUGAGACAACCGUCGUCCCCUUCCUUCCGGUCAAUCCCGAGUACUCAUCGACACGGAACCAGGGCAGACAGAAACUAGCUCGGUUUAACGCCCAUGAGUUUGCCACCCUGGUUAUCGACAUUCUCAGUGAUGCCAAGAGGAGACAGCAAGGCAGUCCUCUCUCUAGUUCAAAAGACAAUGUGGAGCUCAUACUGAAAACGAUCAGUAACCAGCACAGUGGUGAGAGUCAGGACAAUGACCAGCCGGACUAUGACAGUGUGGCAUCAGAUGAAGACACAGAUCUGGAAGCCACUGCGAGCAAGGCACACAGGCAGAAGAGCCUAGAUUCAGAUUUAUCAGAUGGACCAGUCACUGUGCAGGAAUUUAUGGAGGUCAAAAACGCUCUAGUGGCUUCUGAGGCCAAGAUACAACAGCUAAUGAAGGUGAAUAACAACUUGAGUGACGAGCUGAGAAUUAUGCAGAAAAAGCUUCAGACACUCCAGAGUGAAAAUUCGAACCUCAGGAAACAGGCCACAACCAAUAUAUAUCAGGUGCAAACUGAUUCUGAGUACACAGACACUUCCAACCACUCUUCUUUAAAGAGACGUCCAUCUGCCCGGGGCAGUAGGCCCAUGUCCAUGUACGAGACGGGAUCAGGUCAGAAACCCUAUCUCCCAAUGGGAGAAGUGAACCACCCCGAGGAGAGCAGGACGAGACUCCAGCCUUUCCCUGCGCACAUUGGGAGGAGUGCGCUUGUGACCUCCUCUUCGUCUCUGCCUUCCUUCCCCUCCACACUUUCCUGGUCAAGGGACGAGAGCGCCCGAAGGGCAUCCAGGCUGGAGAAGCAGAACAGCACACCUGAAAGUGACUAUGACAACACUCCCAAUGACAGGGACCUGGAUGACUUGGGGUCAAGCAGGAAGGGAAGGCAAAGAAGUACAGUGUGGCAAGGUGAUGGCUCAGGCCCAGAUGUGGCAGAGCCCCACACGGCCCCGAGCCCCGCCUUCCCCAGCACCGAAGACGUCAUCCGGAAGACUGAACAGAUCACUAAAAACAUACAGGAGCUCUUAAGAGCAGCCCAAGAAAAUAAACACGACAGUUAUAUUCCCUGCUCAGAGAGGAUACACGUAGCUGUUACAGAAAUGGCAGCAUUAUUCCCCAAAAAACCCAGGUCCGACAUGGUGAGGACUUCCCUCCGCUUACUGACAUCCAGUGCCUACCGACUCCAGUCGGAGUGCAAGAAGACCCUCCCAGGCGACACGGUCCCGCCCACGGACAUCCAGCUGGUCACGCAGCAGGUCAUCCAGUGUGCGUACGACAUCGCCAAGGCCGCCAAACAGCUGGUCACCAUCACUACCAAAGAGAACAACAACUGAAUGGCAGGGCUGGCCCGGCCCUUCUGUUUUUGAGGCUUUUCUAAGUCUGGUUUCCAAUUUAGACAUGGAACUCUUCCGAUUUUUACAGAAACAAACGUUUAAUGAAAAUUUAAAACUUUUUAAAAGAAAACUCAGUAUUAUUUUUGCAUGUUUUCUAACAAAUUUUCAACUAUUAAUUUAA